CACGUCACAGGAAGACGUAAAGCAUUUCCCCCCCCAAGUUAAAGUCAGUAGUCUACAAAUAAAAAGUAUGCGAUUUGUCAUGCAGGGUCUUUCAUUUUAAUUGUCAAUAAAACUUUCGAGUUUACCAGUGUUUAAAAUGACACGUUAGUUUAAAUUACAGUGAACGCCGGGUUGCGACACAAACUUCUUCGAUCAACUGAAUCAAUUCGUUGCAGAUAACACUAGUCUACGUUUUGGGCGUAUAGGCUACGUUCUUCAGUUAGGAAGAGACCAUGUCGGCUCCAUUCUCCGGUGCGGAACAUCAUGACCAGCACAUACGCAUAUCCAGCCGCUCCAAGCCUGGAUUCCUGGAGCGGCUGAGCGACACUGCUGGAGGAAUGGUUGUUGGUGUAAUCGUUUUCUUCCUUUCAUUUUAUGUCCUCUUCACAAAUGAGGGAAGGGCAUUACAAACAUCCAAGUCUCUGGAAGAGGGUCUCUCCCUGGUCAUUUCCUUGAACCCUUUCUCCAGCCCAGCCGACCACAACAACAACCACCUGGUCCAUCUGUCUGCACCUCUACGCACCUCCCAGCCUCUGCAUGACCCAAACUACAGGGUAGCGGUCCAGGCUGUGAAGCUGAAGAGACAGGUGGAGAUGUAUCAGUGGGUGGAAUAUCAGGAAAGCAAAGACAUUGUAGAGGAUGGAGAGACCAAAUCAGAGACUACGUACACAUACAAUACAGAAUGGAAAUCUGAUCUUAUCAACAGCAGGAAUUUUGAUAAGGAGAUUGGCCAUAUCAAUCCAAGUGCCAUGGCAGUGGAGAGUGUGACAGUGGUGGCUCCAAAUGUGUUGGUUGGGCCCCUUUCUCUGUCUAAAGGAUUUGUGGAUCAGAUUGAGAACUUCCAAACGUUAAGUCUUAAGGGGCUCCCUCCCUCCGAUACGGACAACUUCCUCACCAUUGACGAAGACUACUUCUACCACACCCAACAGCCUCGCCGACCCGAGGUGGGUGAUGUGCGUGUGAGCUUCUCAUACGCAGGACUCAGUGGGGAGGGAUCGUACCCUGGGCCAGCCCAAACCGUCAGUGUGGUGGGCAUGCAGAAAGGUGUGAAUCUGAUGCCCUUUAAGACCCAGGCAGGAGACACUCUGGAAAUCCUUUACCUGCAGGAACUGUCUGCUCAGGAGGUGUUUGAGAAGCAGCACCAGCACAACAGCAUGGUGACCUGGGGCCUCAGAGCCGCAGGCUGGGCUCUCAUGUUCCUCGGAGUCAGUCUGACUGUUCGCAUCGUCCACACGCUGGUGGACUGGGUGCCCGUCCUUCGAGAGCUGGUGUCCCUGGGGUUGAAGCUGUUUGCGCUGUGCGUCUCCUGUUCCUUCUCCCUCCUCACCAUCGCUGCAGGGUGGCUGUUCUACCGCCCCCUGGUGGCUGUGGCUUUGGCAGCGGCGGCUCUGGUCCCGAUCCUCAUGGCUCGCUCCCGAGUCCCAGCAAAGAAGAACCAAUGACAGCAGACCUCAAAAGCUUUCGGAUUUCAUGCGUUGGCUCCCUGUUGCUAAGAGAUUCCUACGAUAGACAGUACAUGACCUUUUCACCUCGACUUUAGCUAGCACUAUAAGACAGAAUAAUAGACUCCUUAAACAGUACUUGAUAUAAAAUAUUCGCUUUGAAGGGAAAUUACUAGAUGUGAAAUACAGUUGUACAUCUUCACAGUAUUGCCACGGGCAACCUAAUUGGACACCAAAGACAUAAUUGAUCGACUUAAUGAUUUGUAUGCCCCGUCCAUUGUACCUUGGUUUGUUUGGCGAUGUCAUCAUGUGUAUAUUAUCACUUGAAUGUAUAUGACAUCCAUAAAUAAAAUACCAUUUUGUACA